CAUCCUGGGAGAGGUGGGAUGCUCUCAGGAACCCCUAAUUCCAGGCUCUGCUCGAGAGCAGUGAGGAACCUCUUCAGACACCGAUUUGCUGAAGAUUCUGGAACACAGAGGAACAGCUGAGAGUCUCCAGACCGUUUCUUGUCUUCUCUGAACUCAGAAAUCACCGUUCACCUUCUGGAUGUCCAAGCCUUUCACCUUAAACUUUACGCUUUACGUUUUCUGCCCAAAACCAAAUUACCCUCUCGAUCUGCUGUGGGUUUGAGGGGCUGGGGAGCUGAGCUCACUGGCUGAGCAGCAUGGCAAAGCUCAGAGCUGUGGUAACUGUUUGCCAGUUGGUGCUAGAACUGUUAAUGACUUCAUUAACUGAGUCUUCCAUACAGAGCAACGAAUGCCCGCAGCUGUGUGUGUGUGAAAUCAGGCCGUGGUUUACGCCGCAGUCAACGUACAGGGAAGCCACAACAGUUGACUGCAACGACCUUCGAUUAACAAAAAUCCCCAGCAACCUUUCCAGUGACACUCAAGUCCUCCUCUUACAAAGCAACAACAUUGCAAAGACCACAGACGAACUCCAACAGCUCUUUAAUUUGACAGAAUUGGAUUUUUCACAAAAUAACUUCACAAGUAUCAAAGACGUGGGGCUCUCCAACCUGACUCAACUCACUACUUUGCACCUGGAGGAAAACCAGAUCACAGAGAUGACCGACUAUUGCUUGCAAGACCUUUGCAACCUUCAGGAGCUGUAUAUAAACCACAACCAGAUCAGCAGCAUUUCUGCAAAUGCGUUCUCUGGCCUGAAGAAUCUCUUGAGAUUACAUCUCAACUCCAACAAAUUAAAGGUUAUUGACAGCCGUUGGUUUGAUUCUACUCCUAACUUAGAGAUUCUCAUGAUUGGAGAAAAUCCAGUGAUUGGAAUACUAGAUAUGAAUUUCAAACCACUCUCAAAUUUAAGGAGUCUAGUUUUGGCAGGUAUGUAUCUCACGGACAUUCCUGGCAAUGCCUUGGUGGGCUUGGAUAGCCUUGAAAGUCUUUCCUUCUAUGACAACAAAUUGGUAAAAGUGCCUCAGCUCGCACUUGAGAAAGUUCCAAAUUUAAAAUUCCUGGAUCUCAACAAAAAUCCGAUUCAUAAAAUUCAAGAAGGUGAUUUUAAAAACAUGCUGAGAUUGAAAGAGCUUGGAAUCAAUAAUAUGGGAGAACUGGUUUCUGUGGAUAGGUACGCGCUGGACAACCUGCCCGAACUUACGAAGCUCGAGGCCACCAACAACCCAAAGCUGUCCUACAUUCACCGGUUGGCAUUUCGCAACGUUCCUGCCCUGGAGAGCUUGAUGCUGAACAACAACGCCUUGAAUGCAGUCUACCAAAAGACAGUGGAAUCCCUCCCAAACCUGCGCGAGAUCAGUAUCCACAGCAACCCGCUCAGGUGCGACUGCGUCAUUCACUGGAUCAACUCCAACAAAACCAAUAUCCGUUUCAUGGAGCCUCUCUCCAUGUUUUGUGCCAUGCCUCCGGAAUACAGAGGGCAGCAGGUGAAGGAAGUGGUAAUACAGGACUCAAACGAGCAAUGUCUUCCAAUGAUCUCUCAUGAGACCUUUCCAAAUCACUUGAACUUGGACAUUGGCAUGACGGUGUUUUUAGACUGUCGGGCCAUGGCAGAACCCGAGCCAGAAAUUUACUGGGUGACUCCUCUCGGCAAUAAAGUAACUGUGGAAAGUCUCUCUGACAAAUACAAGCUGAGCAGCGAAGGCACCUUGGAAAUCUCUAACAUCCAGGUUGAAGACUCCGGGAGAUACACCUGCGUGGCCCAAAACAUAGAAGGGGCUGACACGAGGGUGGCUACCAUCCGGGUGAACGGGACGCUUCUGGAUGGUACCCAGGUCCUGAAAAUCUACGUUAAGCAAGCGGAAUCACACUCCAUCUUAGUGUCUUGGAAAGUUAAUUCCAACGUCAUGACUUCCAAUUUGAAAUGGUCAUCGGCCACGAUGAAGAUCGACAACCCUCACAUCACGUACACCGCCAGGGUCCCAGUUGAUGUACACGAGUAUAACCUCACGCAUCUACAACCCUCUACGGACUACGAGGUGUGUCUGACCGUGUCAAACAUCCACCAGCAAACACAGAAGUCCUGCGUUAACGUUACGACGAAAAACGCGGCUUUUGCGCUCGAUAUUUCUGACCAAGAAACCAGCACGGCCCUCGCGGCCGUCAUGGGCUCCAUGUUUGCCGUCAUCAGCCUCGCCUCCGUCUCCGUUUACAUCGCAAAAAGGUUUAAGAGAAAAAACUACCACCACUCAUUGAAAAAAUAUAUGCAAAAGACCUCUUCAAUCCCGCUGAACGAGCUCUACCCUCCUCUUAUUAAUCUCUGGGAAGGUGACAGUGACAAAGACAAGGAUGGUUCUGCAGAGACCAAGCCAACCCAAGUCGACACAUCCAGAAGCUAUUACAUGUGGUAACUCAGAGGAUAUUUUGCUUCUGGUAGUAAGGAGCACAAAAGACUUUUUUGCUUUAUUCUGCAAAAACGAGAAGUUGAAGACUUUUGUAUUUUUUGACUUUGCUAGUUUGUGGCAGAGCGGUGAGGACAGGUGGAUAUUUCCGAAUUUUUUAGUAUAGCGUAUCGCAAUUGUUUGACACCAAUGGCAGCUUCACCUAGCUUCCAGUUCCUUUGCAGUCGGGUCUUUUUUGGGGUUUUUUUUUUGGUUUUUUCAGUUGUGCUAAACUUAAUGCUGUUCUAACUCCAGUGCUGAAGAAAAGGGAGGAGAGGCUGGGGCUCCCCUGCGAUCACAAGUAGCACAACCCCCUCCUCCGCAGCCCCCGGGGGGGCCGGGUGUCCCACAGAGCCAGCACCGGGCUCGGACCAGGACUCGUGGGGGGAGAGAAGGAGAUGAUGUCAGCUGACUGUUCCGUAAUGUUGUAUCAACUGAUCUGAAUGGGUUUGACUUUUGAACAAUUGAGUUUUUUUUUUUUUUUUUUUUUUCUUCCCUUUUUUAAAAAAAUUUUUUUGGAGUAGUUGGGAAGGCUUAGGGAAAGCUAACAGGCAAUAGGAAUAUGUACAUCCACUUUUUUUAAUGUAACAGACUAAAUGUUAAUUGUUCUCUUAUUCUUUUUCUUAUAUUUAGUAGACACUUUUGCAGAAUACUAGAGUUUUGUUGUGUUUAAAUCACCAACACACGGUGUUUAAUGAAGGCAGAGCUAUAAUAAAUUUAGUUUUGUUCUGAUUUUUUUUUUUUUAUUUUAGAAGUCACAAUAAUGUAUUGGGUUUAGAUGUCACUAGUUUGACUGGUGAUCAUGUUUUGACAUAAAAUAUAUCCAAAAUGUUAUAUAAAAAUAUUGUGGGGUUUUUUUUCCUUGAUCGAAUUACAUUUCAAUUACGUUCCCAAUUUUUUUUUGUAUGCAUUUAUUUUUAUAGCAAUGUUUUCUCUGCACUAGAUGCAAAAUAUUGCAAAUAAUUUAAUCAGAAAAAUGUAUGGGUAUGGCUUUGGGCUUGUGAGUCACAUACAGAAUCAAAGCUGUUUGGCAAAAGGUGCAUAGCAAAAAUAAUUCACAGAGUGUGUAACCAAACAUCUUCCUUUUUGUAUACUUUUCUGUUUAUGUUCUGAGCUGAGAUAUAAAUGAAGCUGACAUUUAGCUGUCAUUAUGAUCAGUUAGGACAAAAAAACCCAAACAACUCAGUGCCACCAAACUGAAAUAAAACAGUUGAAUCCUGGCGUAUACUUAAAAAAAAAGUGAAUUGGAUUAAUGUUCUGUCAAAAGCAGAAAUUCUGAGAGCUAGAACUAACAAGAAAGUGAUGUUUGGGUCCAAUAUUGAACUGUAUUUUUUACAGGCUUAAAAUUAAAUAGUACUCUGAAGUGUUUUACUGAAUUAUUAUGGGGAAAGGGCAAGCCCUCCGAAAGCAGCGGAGCUUCUCUGUGUGCGCUGGGUCCAAGAUAAACACAUCACCUACAGCUGAACCCCCAGCUGCUUUGUACCUUCUCUUUUCCACUCCCCACCAGCACAGGACUUCCCACCCUGUAGCACCACUACCAUGUGCAACCUUUUCAGUAUUUUUAGAUACCAAAUACGUUCUUGGUAAGUAAAUGUUACUUGUUAAAAUAACGGAUGUGCCUGGGUUUUGGGGCUGUUGGAAGUUUGCUUAACUCACCAGCCUCUCAAAUAUAUCAAAGACACCCCCACCCCAAAGCUACAAACAGCUUCAAACUUCUUUUUUUCCCCUGGAGCCAACUGUCCAGAAGCAGGGAGGUUCUCAGCACCCUCUCACUAAUCACCUGCUCUGCUGCAGGAACUUCAGCACGUCCCUGGGACACACGCCUUGUUGAUCUUGCGUUUCAGCGUGAAGCUGAGUGAAGCUAUUAAUUAUGCAUUUAAAUCAAGUACUUAUGCUGCUUUACACAAUCUCUUACAUGUUCAUCAGAUCUCAUGCAUUUUUAAUCAUGUGACAAUUAGAUGUUGGGAUGAGGCAAGUGUCCUUUGAUCGUGGAGAAGUGACACGGUGGAAGUAUUUAUUCAUCACCGUCUCCUGUAUUUGUUUUUAAUGUUAAUGGAAAAUUUCCUCUUGCCUUCUUCUCCAGAAAAGCUUCAGAGCAAUAAUUAUCAUCCUGCCUACACGCUAUUCUAACCUUAAAACCACCCCUAUUAUUACAGCAGACAUGACGAAUUAAAACCGAGAGCUCUUUUGUGGUGAAGAUUCACUCAGCUUUUUUCCAGACAAAAGGACAGAGCGAGGACAAGGUUGACAGCGAAAUUAUGGCUUCCAACUUGCAUGACAUCAUGAAAUUGUCUUUAGAAAAUAAUGAAUUGAAGGAGUGUCAGAUGGUGCAGAGUAAGCCCCUUUCCCCAUCAUCUCCUCAGCUUCCAGCAGCACUUGGGACAGUUACAGCACAAAGAGUAAUGAAGAUCACACAAAAACCAGUCAUCCUGCUCUUCCUCCUCCCUGUCCCCACCUCCCAUCCUCCGUGACACCCACUGCUGACAUCUCCCUGCCUUCUGAACGUGCUCAUAUCCACCAGUCCAUGCUGGUGGAGACAGGGCACGCCGAGAACUGUGUGUGUGUGGUGGGAUUUGGUUUCACCUGGCUAUUUCUUGUGCGGUUUGGGCAGUUUCAGAAGGGAAUGACUGGCACAAAGGAAGGUGGCUGGGGGACACGGCCCCGGAGCAGGAGGACGCGGCACUCGGCGGUUCGAUCGGCCAUCGCCACCAGCAGCUGGGGGUGUGGGAAGCAAAGCAAUACUUAACAUGGGCCUUCCCUGGGGAAAUAACAGCCCUUUGGUUCCCUGCAGACCUAUUUGGUAGUUUUAUGCCAUUUGUUACCUUUUUAGAGCAAGGCUCUAAGGAGAAAAGGGCCUGGUGAGAGCCCUGUGCUUCCCAGGGCUGUGCUGCUGGGCGGUAUUUGGGGCAGAGGAUGCUGUUGGCACUCGGGGAGGGAGAUGCAGGUUCCCUGAGCAGCCCAGCAGCAAGAAGCACCCAGUUAAUGUGGGAUGUUCCUCACACCCAGCCACCAGCACCAGGUAUUUUCAGCCUUGUAAUUUCACCCCUUAGAAUUCUGUACAGAUCCCCAGGAAAUUUAAAAUUUUGGUAAUAAGAGGGGAAAAAAAAAAAUGGGUACGAGAUUAAUCACAUCUGGCAUAUAAUCUUAGUAAAUAACCUUCAACCUUGUGCUUGCAAUUUUGUGCUUGCAGUUUAUUGUGAGCAAAAAUAAAAAUACUCUAAUUGCCUUCAAAAUGCAUCUGCAUCUACUGUUCACUGAAGACAAAAAACCACCCCCAGUUUGCUGAGAAUCAGAGAUUGAGACUGGCCACUUCAGAAACAGCAUGGGGAAAAAACGUCGUUAUCUUUCAUCUGGCUAAAGGUUUAGAAAUGCUGUGUAAGAGUAGAUAUUUCAUACCCAACUAAACUUCUGCAGCGUUACUUCCACUUGGUUGCCCAAUAAUAAAAUAUUUCAGGCCCCUGAAGAGGAAACAGCUUACUCGAGUGUAUGCAGUAUUCCAGCUAAAUCCAUUUUUCAUUUCCUCACCUAAAUCAUAACAUCCUCCUGGAUUGAGAGACAAUAUUUUCCCUCGUGAGCUGAGACUCACACUGGACAUGGUCUUGCAAUAAAGUGCACAAAUAAACCGAGACUCUAAUAGAGCUACGAGCUGCCCUCCAGCCCUGCCUCAUGAACAGGUACUCAUUUAGUUACUAAAAGAAGGUUAUGAAGAGAAAAAGGCAGUUUGGACCACUGGUUUCCUAAAUGGGCUGGAACUGGAAAUAGGUCGGUCAGUCUGAGAUCCAGCCAGAAGUGCUUACACUUGCCCUGAUGCCACCAACAAGCUGGGACGUCAGUGAUGAAAGGGACAUCUUUCUGAGCUCAAAACAGGCAACUUCUUUUGCUUUGUGCUGGCAAGUACUGGCAACCCUGAAAACAAGGCUGGGGACAACCUGCUGCAAUGAAAUUCCCAAAUUUCAGUAGCUGGGGGCUACUCCUGCAGCACCUCCACCACAGCCCAUGGUUCCUGUGUGGGAAGAGGACGAUUCACUGGGGACAUCUCUUCCCAACCAUGGCACCGUCCUGCGAAGCAUCGCCAUGGACACGUGCUGAUGGGUGAGUGGUGGUGGAGAAGCACCAGUGGGACCAGUGCUGGAGGAGCUGUUUCCCAGCCCACCCACCACACAGGGGGUAGCUGGUUCUUACACUGUGCCCCUGCUCCACGACCAACCACUGAAAUGAAUGCCAUGACCUUCUGCUGCCGCUGGAAUUUGCCUUUUCACACCCAAUUGCUGCAUCCCCGGUGCCUGCAGCUGCAGAAACCCCGAGACCGAAGGUGACCGUGUCCCAGGGAAAUUCUUUCCUCAGGAGAACCCCGAGUGCCUGAGCUGGAGACAGCAAACACCGUCACACAUCAUCCUCGUUAAAUACCGGCACUGCAUCCCUGCAAAAAACCACCAAAAAAAGCUACCAAACCCCCUAGAUAACCGUUCUGUGCAGUGUCGUACAGAAGUGAUGUUUUGUGUUUCCCCUGAACUGUCAACCUUUUCAUCUCCUCCUUUUCUGCUCUUUCCAACUAUGGUGAUUUUUUACAGCUGAGAACAUUUCCCCCCCGACUCGGGUCCGUUUGCUCUGCCAUCAGCCUUUCAUUGGUCUCAUCCUUCCGCCGUUCACGGGCAAAUCCUGUACAGCCUCACUCAUCAUGAGAUCUCAAAAGAUUCCACUGAAGCACUUUUAAUUUGGAUUUACCUUUGCAGCCACCCAUUUUCCCUGCCAACCUUCUCCCCUUCACCUAAUUCUUACCCCGAUUUUCUUCCAGCUGUUUCUGUUUGGAGCCCUCAAUUGUCAGAUGAAGGAUGCGAUGAGCAUCCCCCUUAUCCCUGAGCACACUAUGACCCUCUGUUACAUUUUCUACUGCUAUGAAAGCAACAAAAGACUAAUUUUUCUUUCAAGUAAAGGACAUUUACCAUGAAAUUUGUACUAUUGUAUAUCUAUGUCCAAUAGACCAAAGGAAUGCUGAACCAUAAUAACAGUCGUAACAACAGUUUUUGAAAUACAUGAGAAUAAAUACUUUAGAAAAGUUGGAACUGAUCAUUAACUAAAAUUUUCCCAAGCAACUAAAUGACUUAAGAGCUGACAUCUCCUUUACUUCAGUGGUACGUUGGGUGCAAAAUCAGGUAAAUGAGAUUUUUCUCGAGUGCAUCUGGAAGUAUUAACUUCCUUACAUUCUGAGCAGCUGUGAAACAUUUUCUGUGGGAUUUUAUAACACAGAUUUUUUUUCAAAAAUCACUUGAAACCAUAAUUUUUAUCUCAGUUAUAGGGCAUGGGGGGAUGGGAUUUAAAUCCUGUCAUCCUCAGCGGAGUUAUUGAUUUGCAGUGAUCUAAAUAAGGUCUAUAUCUUUAAAAACUGCAGUUCCAGGUUUCUGCUAUUCAAGUUCUUGGCAGAUUUUUUAAACAGCAGCUCUUCCUACUGCAGUCUGUUCUGCUGGACAUGAUUCCAAGCAAGAAUUAAUGUAUCAGAAAAGAUUAGGGGGAGGAAGAAAGAAGAGAGGUAUGUUACCCUUUUGCUAAAAAAUAAAUCACCUGUUUCUGUCAAAA